CUCACUUGAAAAAAAAAUCGCUUCAUCAUUUUUCGACAUGUUUACGUGGGUCGUAAAAGACGACGUAGCAGUGUCUCUCGUAUCACCUGCCAACAAACGCUGUACCAAGAUGUCACGAAAUGCCGACGGUCUGAAGAUCCCAACGGUGCAUCCGAGCGAUGCGGUCGAACUUUCCAGCGUGGCGGUUCUCCCAGAGCACCGAGGAUACAAGUUGUACAGGGAAUCACUGGAACAUAGUGACCAAGCAGAUAUGACUGAUAUAGGAGCGAUCGAAACGUGGAGCAGACAGAGUAAAAGAGGCUUCGUCCGAGCUGUCACUAACAGGUACAGAACUCCAUACUCGGACAUACAGAAAGGGAUAUUGGAAACCGCAUACAUACAGAACUGGGGCUUCAUCACUAUCGAGAAAAAGCGUUAUUUAGCAAGACAAUUAGGACUUACUGAACGUCAGAUUAAAGUCUGGUUCCAGAACCGGCGUGCCAGGGAUAGGAGGGAGAACAAACGAAAGGUACAAGAGAGAGGACUUCUCCGUAAGGGCAGCCCCGGUAGCCUUGGAGAUAAACAGGCUGAAGGCGAAAUGAACGGCGAUAACGAAGACUGUUUUGAAGACCAGGAGAUCGAUAUGGAUGAGGGAGAUUCUGACGAGGACGAGGAAAUAAACGAAAGGUCAGACUCAACUCUUUCCACUGAAAUGCCGCGCGAUUAUACGUACUCGUCGCCGUACACGUAUGAUAAGCCGUCUCCCAUUUCCGUAAAUCGGUCACCAUCUAACCAGAUACCGUCUCCAAAUCAAGUUUCGCCGAGGGAAAGCGCAACCCCGCCACCGCUGAGGCCCCUUAUGAUCGACAUAACCCCAUACGACAUAGUGAAUCGAUCGUCGAAGAGUUCGCGAAAGGACUACGAACCGAGAAAACAUCAAAACGAAGGUUUGGUGGACAUUGAUGCACCAACACGAGAAGUUGUUGCAGUCGACCCGUGACCCGAGGAACGUAAACAACCAAUCACAGUCUCCCAAGGAUGCAGAAAUUACAAACGACCAACAACCCAGAGAUGCCAAAUCAGCAAAUCAACAAUCAAAGUCCAGUAAACUUAAAGACAAAACCGACCAAUCACAAACACGUGAUCUAUCCUUGAAGAUUAAAAUUAAACAAGAGAAGUACAAUGAUGACGAGUACUUGAAGCAAGCGAAGGAUGACUUUAUAAAGUUUUCCAAUAAUAGAGCAUCGGAACAAUUAGACAAAUACCACGAAGAACUGAUCAGACAGAUGACUUUAAAACAUUUUUAUGAACACGUCAGUGCUUGGAACGCGGAUUCACAGGGAAUAAGAAACGAUGUUCCUAGUUCUGUGCCGUGGCUCUUCAGCGCACAGAGAAACACUCCCGGCGCUCUUCGGAAUGGUGGUUCACAUAAAACUAUCAUGGACAACAGUCACCAGGUUGAUGCCAUAGCAAAUUUACGUAGUAUGCACCAGAAUUUGUUCCCUGCCUACGGCAUGCAGACAGCGCCACCUCGUAUGCACGCAACCGCCGUCAAAACAGCGCCAAUUACGUUGAUCACGAAUAACGUCGCUUCUACUCCAAAGCAACAUGUCCCUCCACAAGCAGCGCCACCACCGGUGACAGUUUUGCAACCAUCGCAUAUACUCCGCCAUUCGUUACAGCUUCCUACUCGAAGAGAACACGAAUCCGUCGAUCGAAUCGAAUCUGUGCAAGAGGACACCGGCCCAUUAGAUUUGUCAAUGACUUCAAAGAAGCGCAAACUGUCAACAGGAUACCCAUCAGGGAAAAUCCAGAGAAACUUUCGUUUCUCUAGGAAGCACAGUUUACCAAGUGACGAGGAGAAGCCACGGCGAGAAACAGAAGUUCUUCCAACUAACCUUGUUGUCAAUCAAAACAGAACUCAACAACCACUUUAUAAACAUAAAAACGUACCUUUCAUAUGGAGGGGGACGUGUGCUAAACCGAAAACAAGCGCUGUAAAAGCAUCGUAACCGAACAAAAACAAACAUUUGCUUGUUUUAUUGAAUUUACAAAUUUGUUAUUUGCAGUGUUGUAUUUAUUUAUAACUGCGUCCGCCAUUGCUUGUGUAUUAUUCGCUUUUGAUGCGAUAAGUUUUCAUAGAUAGUCAAUGACAUCAUGUUAUUGCUACCAUGUUAGUUUCUCGUUCAUCGUUCAUGAGUUGUUUGUUUGUUUGUUUGCAAUCUGUAUUUUUGAGCACUAUUUAUUUUCUUAAUACGUGUUAUUUUAUUGUUCAGUUUUUUUUCUUUAUAUAUUAUUUUGUUCGUAAAGCUUCAACCCAUAAAGUACAUAUUACCUGACACUGACGAUGUCGGACGACAGAAGUGACCAAUCGUUUUUUAAUUGACAGACGUUAGUUUGUGCCCACUGCCAAAUACGCUGAUUUUAAAAAAUAUUAGCAAAAUGUGACGAAGUGCCAAUUUUUUUUUUUUAAUUUAAUUGACACGUAAUGAAAAGAUAAUUCUCACCGAUAGUGCUUUACAUCAUGGAAAUCCAUGGUAACAGGAAUAUGUUAUAUAUGAAAUUUCAAAAAAAAAA